GGAGCCCUAGAACCCGGGAGGGCGGGGCGGAAGGAGACCUAGAACCCGGGAGGGCGGGGCGGAAGGAGCCCUAGAACCCGGGAGGGCGGGGCGGAAGGAGACCUAGAACCCGGGAUGUUAGGGCUUGUAGGGACAAGGCGUGAGAGCAGCACUGUAAGAAACUCUAGAACUGGAAGGGCAGGAGAAUAUGCGGCAGAUGGCAGGACCGAAAGAGAUUUAAGAACUGGGCCCAUUAGAACUUGGAAUAUCAGAAUUAGAUGGAACUUUGGAACCCAGUGUGUUAGAGGGAAGAAGACCUUAGGAUCAAAUGUCAGCGUUGGAAGGGAGCUUAAAACUUAGAAAGUCAUAGAUGGAUGUGAGAAGACACCUCAGAUCGUGGAGUCUAAACUGAUUUUACAGAGGUGAAAACAAACACACAGUAGAGGUGAUACAACUUUCCCAAUAAAGUCACUCAGCAGGUUAAUUGCAAAUCUAGGUCUAGAGCUUAGUUCCUUAGUUCUACCAUAUAUUCUUUGGUAGAAUAUAUGCUUAUUCUAGAAAUCUUUUCAUUGCCCCAAACUCUAUUCCCUGUAUCCUUAAAUAAUAUUUUCUUGAGGGAUUUUUAACCCUGAUUCCUACCCUUCUUUUCCCCCAUUUUCAUUUGGAAUUGCCUGUGUCUUACAUUCAGAUAGUGAUUUGUUGUUAUACCCUACUAGUUUCUUCCUCUGGCUCCUUCUCAAAGCCCUCUCAAAGCUGAGGGAAAAGUAUUCAGAAAAACCAAUUUCCUCCAACGCUUGUGGAAUAUAAAGCAGAGUUUAUAAACCAAUGGAUGUAUAAAUGCCCUUUGUCUUUCGAAUUAGAGACAAGAAGCUGAAUCAAGUUAGUAUGUCUGCCCUGUAUUCUUUCUCUUGACUUUCUUUCUGCCACCUCAGAGAAAUUCCUCUUACCAGGAGACCAAGAUUUGUGACUCAGCUUCUAGCUGGAUGAAGUCAAUGAUGGCUGCGGCUCUUUGCCCUCCAGUAAAGACUCCUUUGGAGCUAGAGGGACACCUGAUAAAGGUGGAAAAGGACGCUUCAUGGGCUUCUGAAUCAACCUAUCAAGGGAAGGACUCUGAUUCUGAGACCUUGCGCAAGAACUUUAGGCAGUUCCGUUAUGAGGAUGUAUCUGGACCCUACGAAGCUUUCAGCCAACUCUGGAAACUUUGCUGCCAGUGGCUGAAGCCAGAAGUGCAUUCCAAAGGGCAAAUCCUUGAAUUAUUGGUACUUGAGCAGUUCCUGACCAUUUUGCCCAAGGAGAUUCAGACCUGGGCUUGGAAACAGUGUCCAGAGAGUGGUGAAGAAGCUGUAGCUCUAAUUGCAGAGUUGGAAAAAGAACCUGGAAGACUGAGGCAGCAGGUUACAAAUCAUGUGCACUUAGAGAAGACACUGUCCCUUGGAGCAGCAUGGGAAGUACCAAGCUUUCAAAUGGAACAAGUAGAGGGCCAGCCUAAGAUGGUAACAGAGGAGAAGGCUGGGAAACUACAUUUAGGACUUCAGGGACAACUAAACCAUAAAGGGGAGUCACAACCCUUACAAAAAAAUGCUUUUCCUCCUUGGGUUCCUGACUUUCCUGAAAAGAGGAACACUAGACAACAGGAAGUAAUGGCUAUGCCCCUUCUUACUGCUGGGUCCCAGGAACCUAUAUGUUCAGGAAUGUCCAGAAAUCUCUCCUAUAAAAAGUGGGAACAUCCGAAUCCUGCUCACAAGAACUUCUGCAGGGGUAUCAUUAAGGAGAAUUAUAGGAACAUGGUUUCACUAGGAAUUCCAAUUUCAACAGCUAAGAAAGUGUCCCAACUAACUCGAGGAAAAAAGCCAUGGGUCUUAGCCCUCCAAGGCUCUAGUAAGAGACAUGUCCUCCGAGGCAUCCAUACAGGAGAGAAGCGGGGACCCAUCCAGGUACUGGCAAAACGGAAUGGAAAAACCUGGAGAGAGCAGCAGCCAUGGGUCUUGGAAGAUGAAAGGAUUGCUGGGGUACAUUGGAGCUAUGAGGAAACAAAGACCUUUCUGGCAAUUCUCAGAGAGUCUCGGUUUUAUGAAACACUUCGGGCUUGUCCUCGAAAUAGCCAGAUAUAUGGAGCUGUGGCUGAAUGGUUACGAGAAUGUGGCUUUCUCCGGACACCAGAGCAAUGUAGGACCAAGUUUAAAAGUCUCCAAAAGAGCUACCGAAAAGUAAGGAAUGGCCACAUGCUGGAGCCCUGUGCCUUCUAUGAAGAGAUGGAUGCCCUAUUGAAUCCUGGACCCAAUGCCACAACUACUGACAUCCUAAAAGAGACUGACUCUCCUCAAAGGCAGGGGGAUGUCAUUCCCAAAGCUGAAGAACAGAACAGAUGGGAGCAGGGGGAAGCUACAGAAGAAUCUGAUAGUGAUGAAAUGGGCAUUGAGUUUACCCAAAAGCCUGAGAUCUCUGGGACUCCAGCCUUCUUCCAAAACUUAAGUGGUGUACACUGGGGCUAUGAGGAAACUAAGACUUUCCUUGACAUUCUUAGUGAGUCUCGGUUUUAUGAAGCCCUUCAAGCCUGUCAUCGAAAGAGCAAAGUAUAUGGGGCAGUGGCUGAGCAGCUUCGAGAAUGUGGCUUCCUUCGGACACCAGAACAGUGCCGGACCAAGUUCAAAAGUCUUCAGAAGAGUUACCGCAAAGUACGGAGUGGCAGUAUGCUAGAAUCAUGUGCCUUCUAUAAGGAGUUGGAUGCCCUGAUGAAUACCAAGGCUUCUGCUGCCCCCACUGCUACCCUGAAAGAAAUAAAGUCUCUGGUGCAAGAAGAAAAUGGUACUGACAUCGAACCCCAAGAGCAGAGAGACUGGAAACAUGAAGAGUCCUUACAAGCAGCUGUGGUGGAGCACUAUGAAAGCCAAAGAAUUUGUACCAAGGAACUGAUAGAGGAACCUGGAUCCCAGUGCACUCCAACUUUGGGUCAGAACCUAAGCGGUUUUGAGAUGAGUAGUAGGAAUAAGGAAGAGCCAACACAAAUUUAUGAGAAAGUAGAACUACAUUCAACAUUACCAGGAAAAUCUAAAGAUGGCAUUCCCCAUGAUAGUGAUCCAGGAAAAGAUCACACAAUGGAGUACAAGUUCAAAAGACAGUGGAGAAAUUUCCUCCCAAGAGAUAGACAAGGAAAAUUCAUUAUCCAGCAGAGAGAUUUAGGAAAGGUCACAGGUCAUUGGAGACCUUUCAUGGGACGGAGACCUUAUAGAUUUUUCAAAUAUGGGAGAAGUUUUCUUCAGAGCUCACAUCUUCUUAUGUGUCAGACAGCUUAUCAGAAAGAAAAUCCUUACAAAUGUAAUAUGUGUGGAAAGUGCUUUGGUAGAAGCAGGAACCUUAUUAAACACCAAAGAAUCCACACAGGAGAAAAACCCUUUAAAUGUGCUGAGUGUGGGAAAAGCUUCAAUGACUCCUCAAACUUUGGUGCUCACCAGAGAAUCCACACAGGAGAGAAACCCUAUAAAUGUAAUAUGUGUGGAAAAUGUUUCAGUCAGAGCUCAAGCCUUAUAAUACAUCAAAGAACUCACACAGGAGAGAAGCCUUAUCAGUGUGACGAGUGUGGGAAAAGCUUCACCAACAGCUCUCACUUUAGUGCCCAUCGUCGAAUACACACAGGAGAGAAUCCUUAUAAAUGUGUGGAUUGUGAAAAAAGUUUUAGCAACUGUACCCAACUUAGAGAACAUCAGAGAACUCACACAGGAGAAAAAUCCUAUGAAUGUUCUCACUGUAGUAAAAGCUUCAGCAAAAGCUCAGCUCUUACUAAACACUGGGAGAGAAAAGCUUGUAUCACAACUUAAAUCUGAUUGUACCCCAGAAAACUUAGACAGACAGGGCUGAUGAGUUUGGAAAGACUUUUUGAUAGAGGUCAUCUUCUAAUUAAAUGUCCCUUUGGACAUUCUAAAAAAAAUAAUUUGCAUUCCUCAUCCUCAUUCAUAAAAUAAUCUGUCACAGUCCUGGAAUCAAUUCUGUAUUUAUCAUAAAAAAUAAUUCUUAAGAUAGCCAGGAAGUGUUGAUAUUCAGGCAGCAUGGAUCAAGCUCCUAUUUGUCUCAACUUGAAUCUUCCCCUGAUUCUAUGAUUUGAUGCCUCCUUUUUUUAAAAAAGUGGUGAAAACAUAGUGUCUUACUUAACUAUGUUAAUCUGUUCUGUAUUUUAUGGCUGAUUAUACUGGAUUAUUGUUUCCAUCGCUAUCAGUUGAAAGAUGUUUCUUUAAGGAAAUGGGAAAUGCUAAACAUAAUCACAUAACAAUCCCCAAAUGAACUUGGGCUCAUUAGUAUAUCAGAAUCUUGGGUCUGAAAGGGACUUUCAAGAACCUCUCCCCAGAAUUGUAUCUAAAGCAUCCUAAAUAGAUGAUUAACUGUUCCUGUACUGCAUUUUAAGGUCAUUGUUCUGGUCCUUCUGUCCCUGAGAGAAAGAAAGAAACUGGUCACCUUCUUUGUGUAAUAUAUAAUUGGAGAUUAAAUUCCCUUAGCCUUGUCAAGGAAAAGUCCUAUUUCUUUUUAAUUCCUGUAAUUGUAGGACAAUUAGGAAUUGUCCUAAUUCUUUUUCAUUCUUAACUCUUGUAAAAGAGUAAUUCUUACUCUUUUAAAUUCUUACUGUUGUUUAAAAUUUCUGAAUUUUCAUACCCAUCUUGGAUUAAAUAGAAUGCAUGCUUCUGUUAUAUAUUACCCUUAGAAUAAAAUAAAAUUCAAAUACCUUAUAGUUCUACCCAAUAAUUUUUCUUGUUAAAAUAAUACCUUGGUUUGUCAGUGAACAUUUUAUCCAAAGUAAGGUCUUGAAUCCCCAGUGCCUAAGUGGCACUUUACUUUAGCUUGUACUUAAUACAAUAAUAUAUUGAAUAGGUGAGUGAGGUUUUCCAAGACAUUAAUCUGCCUAUAACACACUGAAUAAUUUCUAAGUCUCUACAACGCCAGUAGUUUCCUAUCAAGAAACCCAAAUUUCCUAAUUUCUUCCUACCUAGUCAUAGGAUAUCAAAAAAUCUAAAAAAGCUAUAAGAGAACAUCAAAUCAAAACCCUAGGGAUUUGACUGGUUAGCCCUAUUUUAUGCACUUGAGAGGAGUUCAGAGAAAACUGAGAACGGGAACAUUGAAACUCCGUGGAUAAAAAAUAAAAUCCAAAAGUCCAGAUUCUCUGAUUUUAGAGGGAAAACUCCUUAGGGGAAAAAAAUUAUUAGACUGAGGAAGAAUUGAAGAAUUUAAUACCAAGAAAAGCAGAUUAGAUAUUUUAUUUGGGGUGGAAGAUGAUCCUAGAUGUGGUACAUGUCAUGGGGCAAAUGAGGAACCUUCUUUUUGGACUUCUCUGAAAAGAGUGUUAAGACUUAGAGACCUAGGUUCGAGUCCUCACUCCAUCAAUUGCUAAUCAAAGGCAAGUCAACACAGUCCCCAUUCUCAGAAAGCUCUCAUUCUAAUUGGGGGAGAUAACAUAUGUAGGAGGGUUUAGCUGCAAAGCAAAUAGGAAAACCCAGUGGACCUCAAAGUGCAAUGACAGGGCAGAUAGUCCCCAACGUGGUAUCAAGAAGGUAUAAUAGUAGGGCAGUUAAGGUUUGGUGUGUUUUACAGUACCUAUGCAAAUUGUAAAGCUCAGUGGUCCUGUAUCUUAGCAGAAUUGUAGUUGGACUCCCUAAUUAUCAAACUAUUGUGAGAACCUGUCUUCCCCAUGACCAUUGGCAAUGAUAGAUGCAAGAUUUUACAGGGGUCCUCAAACUUUUUAAAUAGGGGGCCAGUUCACUGUCCCU